UGCCUGCUACUGUUCGCCGUCGAUGUCGGCAAUGCACGUGCCAUUUUGAGUAAUGAAUCAUUAUCAUCUAGCGCGAGUCUGUUCUUUUGCCUUCAAUAAAAUGAAAAGUUGGGGUAGUUGGAAUAUUUGCGCGGCACCAACCAUGUAUUCUUGCCUUCUCUCGUCAGAUACGACGCCUUCAGCGGAAAACGUGACCUCCACCACGCCGCUGCCGUCGACCUACUGCAUCUGCGGCUGCACGCUGACUGUGAUCCGGCGCGCCACGGUGCGCUUCUCCAGCACGACGCCGUGCGUAGACCGUUCUGUGUCGUGGGUGUUCAAGCCGUUCUCUCGGCGAAGGUUGGUCUCCGUGAGGUUGACCGUUGACGAGCUGGACGCCGGCGAGAUAUCGGUGCGCGACGGCACGUCUCCUCUGGGCGUCCUCCUGGCCGCCACCCCAUCAGAAGGAGGCACCCACACUCUACUAGACGCCACCUCCCUGUCGGGCCCAGUGCGCAUCGAUUACGUGCCCGUACAGGCUCCGGCUGGAAACGCGUCGCUGCAGCCUCUAGCGAGCUUCAGUAUUGCAUUCUGGGAAACGAACUCGACUUUGGCCACCAUGGCUUCCCGUUACCCUCGCCACUCUGGCCUGGCGCCGUUCCACUCGUCCGUGCACGCGCUGCUGGCUUUCCUGGGCUGCUCCGUGGUGCUGACCGUGUCUCUGCUGGCGGUCGCGUACAAGAGUCGCUGCUGCUUGACGCGCCGACGCAAGGCGCGCAGCCUGACCUCGGAGUCGUUCUGCUCGGACGGCGGUCUCGACUCGAGGCCCACGGUCCGUCUUCUGGCCGCGGGUUCGCUCACCUCCAUCUCGGAGGUGUCCGCGGAGGAGGACGACGUGCUGGACGAGGGCGAAGCUGUGCUCACCGCGGAGUCCAUCCCGCUUAAGUCGUCGGGCGAGAGCCCCGAGGACUACAUGGAGCAGGCGUGUCUGUUCAAGUCGGUGGGCUCCGUGUGCACGGCUUCGGUAUCCUCUACACCAGUGCUCAAGAAGCGCGUGCCCGUGGCCACGGUGUCUCCACAGCCGCAGAGCCAGACGUGUACUCCUCGGCUUCCCUUCAAGCCGAGGCCGCUCAAGUACCUCCUCGCGGCGAGUGGCGACGGCGCCGAGGACUCGGUCGAGUCCCUCGACGCCUCGGGGCGCGGCUCCAAUGGCCCCAACAACCACAGGCGGGCUCUCAGUCUCGCGGACCGCGUCGCCAACUGCAGCUCUCGCGCGCGGGACAGUGCGGCCAUGGCACUGGCCGCGUCCCUGUCCGAGCUCAGCACUAGCGGCACCGAGGACGGCUUCGAGUUGGACUAUUAUGACUACGGAUGCCACGACGUGCCCGGGUCGUUCUUCAGCGCACAAGUGGGCAACUGGCCACCGUUCUUGCCGCUGCCGGCCGAAGACGAACUCCUAGAGUUGCAGCUUCAGAACUACACGUUACCCCCGCCGACCGAGACGACCGACUUGAGCAUGGUGGCUCAGGUACACGAGUCCGAAGACGAGCAGUGACUUGAAGUGUUGCGCGCUUCGCGCACCGAUGGUUAAGUGGUGCGCGAAGACGUUUACACACUGAAACUUCACUUCACUUGUAAGCUGUGUCUUUUCGUUUUGCUUCACGAGCGAUACAGCCACCAAAAGUUAUGGAACACCUACGCGGUCAUUGAUUAGAACUGUACAGUAACUGCACCGUGCGACGAAAUAAUUUCUGACUGAAGUACAUGUACGUAGGAGGGAUGCGAUUUAAGUCCGCUUCAUAAUGUUGCCAGCUGAUUGAAUUUUAGGAAAUAACGCAAUAAGUUUGCGCGUGAUACUGCAGAAUUGUAACUCACACGUCCUCUUUACGUUGUUGGUGACAUAUCGGAUGUCAUCGGAUGUCUCGGACGUCUCGGACCAUCAUCGUUCGUCGCAAAUAUUGCAGCGCGCGCUUUCGACGACAUGCUUAUUAAUGCAGAGCAAAACCUUGUACUA